ACUGUGACACAUCAUCAGCCGAGCAAAGGAAAGAACAGCCCCUCAAUCGCCUUUGGGGACGCAGCUACAUGACUACAUGACGGCUGGGCAGAGACGCUACAGCAGAAGCGAUCAAGUGCCAAGACUACAGAGGUGGCGAGCAAGCUAGCUAGAAGCCUAGCUGAACGAAAGGGUCCUGCGAGUAUAUUUGAAUUUGUAGGGAAUGCCGAGAGGGUUGAGGGGACUCUUUUGGCUUCAUUUUUUACCAUUCCGAUUGAUUGAUUGAUUGAUUGAAUUCUGAGAGUGCAUGGAAAAGACGACCACAGCACCAGUAUGCAGGUUCCAGGCGCUACAAAUGACCAUGGCAUGACGGACAUGGAAUGGCUGGAGCGAGAGCAGGAGAAGGAGAUGAUAGAAUUUGCCUUGGAACGAUCGUUGAACGACUUUCAAGGAUCUCAAACUCUGCAUACGAAUCCACCCUCGCAGUUGAGACAACCCCUUCACAGUUCCAUGCCUACCAUGCAACACAACGGCUACGAUCCCUAUCCGGGAGGCAGCAGACGGAACGUGUCGUCGCAUUCGCUGGAUCUUCAUCAGGCCCAUCAUCAGUCAUUUUCCCAUCCACACCAGCAACCACCACACAGACCCGCCCACGACGAUAGACUGUCACAUCGACACUCCAGUUACAACAAUCGACAACCAGACAUGUACCGUGGGAACCCCCUAUACGACAAUGUAAGGGGAAUGGAGGGGAGGGAAAAUUCGAUGAGGAGUUUGGCGAGUUCCACGAAUUCCCCAAUUGUACAUCGACCAAGGGCUUCUGUGUCUGUCAGGGAAUAUCCCCGUAGUGCAAGUUUCCGAGGAGAAGUCGAAGAAAUGACGGAAACGGUGGUGGACAGUCCUCAUCAUACCUAUAGUCGAAUGGGUGCCGCAUCAGAACCGAAUUUCCAUCACGGUCGCAUGUCACCAGGUCCAAUGCAUCCUCGUUAUAGCUACCCAAGUGCCCCCUCUGGGUCAGCUCCGACUACUCCCUAUGCUGUCCGCCCGUCCAUUGGAACCAAUUUUGGCCGACGGAGUUUGCCGGAAUACCACAAUCGACCAGUUGUCGAACGAACACCACGAGAGAUCCUGGAAAAUCCUCGAUAUGAAGCUCGUAAUGCCGUCAUAGCAACUGCGAGACAACAUUUAUCCGAAGAAGAAGCAAUUUUGGUCGAACAGGCACUCAAUCUUGCCAUCAAUCCUCAUCAAAGACGUAUAGCAGCGCAUCAGCCUGUCUCCACAGAUACACAACACUCGGGAGGGUCGCACUCGUCCUAUGGCAGCCGAGGACGCUACCCCAAUAGAAUGGACAAUGGUCCGCCUCCCUCCCCUCCACAACAAGGUUCUCAAGCGUCCACCUUGUCCGCGCAAGAAACCAUGGAUUUGCUGUUACGUGCAUCGGCAUUAGAACACCUAUCACAAGAAGAAUUAGAUGAAAUUGAGCAAGCCCUGCACGACAAUGACAGACGUGCUCGCCACGACAACAAUGAACAAAUAAUAGUGAAACGGUCGUCGCACUCUUCCGCUGCGCGCCAACCACAACAACAACACCUGCAUCAUCUGCCCGUCCAACGGGAUUACCCUGCUCAACAUUCGUCACAUUCCGACGGUCAUCUGAUGCCGCAUCACCAUCAGCAGCAUUUUCCACUUCAUCAACAACAACAGCAACAACAACAACAUAUGCAGCGUUCCACCACCCAUUCCGAUCCAGCUGCUCCGCUCAAUCCGCGGAGUAGCAGAGGAGAUGAUCCUUACCACCGAAAUUCGGACCCGCGAAUAAGUAGUCACCCACGAGGAGAAUCGUAUUCCCCGAGGCCACAACCACAACCGCCGAGAAAUUACAGACCGAAUCCACGGUUUGCGGCAACGACGUCUACGCCUCGGCGAACGUAUUCCGGAGAUUCAUUAGCCAUGGCCAAGGAAGAAAUAAAUCGGGCCAUGGCGGCAAACACGCUGUCGCAGGAAGAAUAUGCUGAGCUCAUGAUGGCUUUGGAGGGCAAUAAUAAUAAUAGUGGCAACCGCAGCCGGUCUCCGCCAAAUCCAACCAGUCCUUUCAAUUCCUCACGGAGAGCGAGACCGAGGAAUAUCUCACCGCGGGUCAGCGCUAAGGGGCUUCCGGGUCGGAGCAUUUCGUAUGACUCAGCCACCAACAAUAGCACUGGCAACGGUAGCCACCAAAGCAGGGACAACAAGACUCGUUCGUGGGGAGACAGGCCGCCUCGAGUAGCGCCAACCAGGGGGGCUCCUAGACGGAGCGCUUCGUAUGACUCUGUCAGUGAUUGGCAGCAGGGACCUGAGAGUCGCGGAGAUGGGAGUGCAAAAUCCGAGCGAACUCCUAUUAUCCCCAGGCAUGAUUGGAGCCCACAACGAAGGAGAAGCUCCAUUAGCUCGAGUGCUUCACAUCAAGUGCUUGCAGAGAUAAAAGAGCUCGCAGAGUCAGAACCGGUCCCACCAACGGAUGUUGCUGACGACACCGAAACUGCACCCGAACAACAAACAAAUUUCGAAAGCACUGUCCCACCUAUCCCAUUGGAAAAUGACUCGACGAACGAGAUGCACCAACACGCAGAACCGGUGCCUAGUGAAGAAGGAAGCGACACGGAAGAAAUCCGAGACGAACAGGAAGAGAGCUCGCUGCAGUCCAAGGAGGAGCCGAAGGAAUCGGCAGAAACGGAGAAAGGAGUCGAUAGUCCCAAGGAUGAUGUGAGAGAAAAUGCUGAAGAUGAGGAAGAAGAAGAAGAGGCUACUCAAUCCAAGGAGACAGAGCUUGACGAGCAACUCGACAAAGUGCAAACAGCCGAAGAAAAUAAUGAUUCCCAGCAAUUUGAAGGGUCUGGAUCGUUUUCCUCUUCAUCUACACGACAAACCCCUAGAGUCUUUGACCUUCCUCCCAGCAAUCGGCAGGCAAGGCUUGGGUCCUCUCAGCACAGCCGAAACAAUCGUCAGCCGAAGCUCUCCGCGGCCUUGGCCGCAUUGCCUUAUGCCAGAGCCCCUGGCUCCGUUUGUGUUGACUUGGACUACAGUGUUAGCCAAUUUGGUGACAGCGUAAACACCUUUGGUUCGGAUACGCUAUUCUUGAACCAGCACAAGGGCGAAGAGAGCGUGUUUUCCAUCGUCUCUUCUGAUACAGAUAACAGUCGACAACAAGCUUCCUUGGCCAUGAGCCCCCACACAGUGACGUCAAAAGGAACUGUUCGGGGUGUGGCGCUUCUUCCUCCGGCGCUAUUCGACAACCAGGAAGAAGAGGAUGAAGAGGAAGCGGAAAAUGUUCUUGGAGGCAUCACCGAAGAAAGUCCUUCGAUGAGCACGCCUACAAGGAGCUCGGUUGCUUCUGAGAAGACUCGUGCUCGGAACAAUCAGGUCAUUGUGGAAGAGGAGCAAGAAGUCAAACCCGACAAGGAGGUGUCCCCGCAGCCUGCGACAAACGAAAGUCAAUCUAUCAGGGAUGACAACGUAGUCGAUGAAGUCAGUGAGAGAUUGGAUGAAUUGUCUGUCUCAGCGUCAAGUCACGGCGAGCCUCCUGUCACUACCACUGCCAAAGAUCAUGCACCAGUGGAGCAGAAAAGCAAACGAACCGAUGAGACUUCAAGGGAGGAUGAUGCAAGGGUCGAUCCUGCAGAAAACUGGGAUAAUCAGAGACCAGAAACGACUGCCACUGCUGAGAAACCGCAAACUGCUAGAGAUGUGGAGGAUCAGGCAGAGCCUAUCGACGCUAAGGGACUUGAUUCGAUAUCGGAGCGACCGGACGAAGCCAGAGCAGCACAAAGGGUAGAAGAUGAAAACGAUCAGCAAGGCGAGGACAACUUCCACCAGCAAAGCCAACAUACUGUGCGAAGGAAUGAUCACGUUGGGCAGACCCAUACCGACCAACGCGUCGACAGACACGGUGAGGAUCCCGACGUAGCAUUCCGGGGCGAUUCGUAUCAUUUGGGGGGGCAGCAAGAUUCAACUCAGGAUUGGAGACAGGGACAAAGGAGGGGUGACGAGCACCAAGACCAAGAGCACGACGACAACCAUCAUAGCCCAAAUCAUCGCCGCCGACGGUGGGAAGAUGAACAUCGAAGAGGGACGAAUGAGUUUGAUUUUCAUCAGCGAGAUACGAUUCGAGAGCACCCCCAUAUGGGACUCGGGCGCGACAGACGAAGCCAUGAAGGGGACUUUGUCAAUGAUCGUGAACAUCAGUCACCUGGGCGACGAGGUCCAUACGAUAAUGAGCAAUUUGAAAGGCAUCGACGCGACCCACAAGACGACGAUCUUGGACGAGACGAAACAGAUAUCCCCCCCGCUGUCCCACAACAAGUGCAGGUGGAACAACGGAAUCGACGAGAAGCUUGGAUAUCGCAAGGUCGUCAGAAUAGCGUUUCGUCUCUCGGUGAGUCGACACAGUACAGCAUUUUUUCUUCUCACUUUCGGCAGGAUGACUACGAGCGUUACCGUAAAGAGGAUUAUGAGCGCGCAAUGUAUGAACGCAAUAGCUGGCGACCGUCACAACCGCCCCCUUUGCCAGCUGCGAUGCGGGAGACCCCAAGCAGAUACUACGAGCCGAGUCCGUCAGAAGGAGACCACAUGAGACGAUCUAGAAUGCAGCAGCAACACCCAUCGGCAAGUAGCCAUGAGUUCUCUCGAGCGAUCGAAUACAGAGGAACUUUAGAUGUUCAGGCUAAUUCCAUUCCCGAACAUGACAGAUUCGACGAAGAUCUAAAGCGCGCUCUAUACCUAUCGAUGCAAAUGCAAAGAGAUUCGUUGCCUGAAGCUGGAGAAAGAUACGAGCACGACAUAGAGCCCGUCGAUUCGCGAUUGACGAGAGAUAAACUCGAUCUUAUUAACAGGGCUCUUUCGGGAUCGGAGGAUUUGCGCGGCAGUGAACCAAUGCAAUCUACACAUGACCGCUUUCCCGGUGCCCCUGAGAAUCAAUACGACGAUCGUCGCUUGAGGCACGAUGACAGGAGCCCACCCUUGACACGAGACUGCUCGGACCCAACACAUGAUAGAAUCUCCCCCAGGACUCCUUAUGGCGCACCAAUUGAAAGUAACCCAACGGCCAUGUCUGAAGCAAUGAGUAUUCCUGCAUGCCCGCAAGACGCUAUAUCGAGCGAAGCUGCAGCGUUGGAGUUGGCGUUGCAGCAGGCGAAGGACGAUGAAGAAAGGCAAUCUAUCCGCUUGGCGCGCCAACUGCAGGAGGAGGAAGAAAGGAGAGCGUCGAUGGAACGGGGGGGCACCUCUAGGGACAGUACAGAGAGACACUCCAGUGUGUCUUCGGACCAGCAAAGAGGCCGUUUUUCUAGUGCGGGGCAAAUGCCAGAGGUACCUUUCUCGGCAGUUCCAGGCAACAGACCGAACCAGGUUGGGGCCCGGCGAUCAUCGAGCCCCGAGAGAGGUCAUCCUUCGUCGCAGCAGAGUAGAGCGAACCCAGUUGGAGCUGUUCGCUCCUCCAGCCCGGAUCGUGUUCGACAUCCUUUGGACGAUUCCUAUGCGUCGUUGCACCAAAGCAGAGGAAGCCAAGUGGGCGCGGUUCGCUCGUCCAGUCCAGAGCGUUUGAGGCAUCCCUUGGAAGACUCUUAUUCGUCAAUGGCACUCGGAAGAUCAUCUAGUCAAAUCGGAGCCGUGCGAUCCACCAGCCCGGAUCCAGCAACGCGACACCCAUUGGAAGAAUCAAUCUCAUCACUGAAUCAAGGGAUUAGCAGUCAAGUCGCCACCGGUCGAACAGUCAGCCCAGUUCGCAAGCAUCGUGCAGUGGAAGAGCCGCUGUCGCCAGGGCGGUCUCCACGUGGUUCUGAGCGUCAAACUUUCGAAGAAUCCUAUACAUCGCAUCAUUCCUCACGUUACCUCGGAGGAUCGUCUCGCGGCUCGCUGUUCUCCACUCGUGCGAGUCAAAGUCAAAGGCAUGAUCAGUCCCUGCCUGCACAUGGCGAAUCUUACUCGUCUGAGCUCUCUCCUGACCACAAUGAAGACUUAAGUCCCCGAGCGCUUCAUGCUGCAACACCCCCGGCCUCUGAUCGUAGCUUUGAACCUCCUGAUUCGAGAUCAGGACUCGGUGGUUCCACGUCAAGCAAAGAGAGACACCCCCUCUCUUUGUCAGAAAGGCAGCAAUCGUUGCGACUGAGUGACCUUUCUCGACAAAGUAACACUGGCUUAGCACCCCUCUCCCCUCCAUUUUCAAGGAAGAAACUUGGAAAGGAUGCGACCCAGGCAAAUGCCGCCACUAUUAGUCCUCAUCCAGGCGAGAAGAAAAGUCGCCAAACUCGACGUGACAGUAAGGUGCUCGGAUCCGUCAAGAAGGGCGUGUCGUCUCUGAUGUGGAAGCUGGGAUCCUCCCGCAAAAUGGGAAGCAGCCAAAAUCUCCUUUCAGGUAGCAGCCAAAAUCUAAUUUCAGGAUCCACUGCCGAUGCACCGGCCUCGAGAGAGAUGGAUGCCGACACCCGAAUUCAGAUUCAACGUGCAAUUGGCAAAGGUAUUAUCAGCCAGCUCCACGGUGUGGUGAGAACCGGCAAGGAAGCCACAAUUUACUACGCGGAGAAGGGACCCAAGAGUAAUGGGUUCGAUGUUGCAGUGAAGGUCUACAAACGAGGCGGCGGCGACAUGGGGGAUGACAGCCAACGUGAUCUGCCACAGUUUCAAAACAUUAGCAGUGAAAGACAGUUGGAGCUCUGGACUAUCAAGGAAUUCCGGAACCUACAGAAAGCGAGAAAAUUUGGCAUCCCAUCACCGGCGCCAAUCUUCACAAAGAACAAUAUCUUGUUCAUGCAAUUCAUGGGAACUGAUGGAAGGCCAGCACCCCAAUUGGGGGAGUUGGACCUUCGCCGGAACAACAAACUUUGGAAGACUCUCUACAAACAGAUUGUAGAGGCGAUACGACGUUUAUACACCACUGCCAUGCUUGUGCACGGGAGCCUCAACGAAACCAACAUCCUUGUUGUACCUCGAUACCUCAUCGACCUCACAUUGACCAGUGACAGCAAAGAGUACGAAGCUGAUACGGCUGUUUUGAUAGAUUUUGGGCACACCGUUGAUUCAAAACACCCUGAUGCCAUUGAUCUCUUGCGCGGUGAUCUGCAAAGCGUACGUCAGUUCUUUGCCAAGCAAGGAAUCCGUACACCGAACGUGGAGGAUACGCUGAAAUUUGUUACGAAUGGCGGCACUAGUCCUGCUGGUGCCGGUGGAGAUAGCGCACCGCUAGAGGAGUCGUAACCUCACUGUCAGCACGAAGAACGAAAAGGAGUGCAAAGUGGAGCUAGUUGUGCUGAGCUAGCAGAACCUAACUUUAAUAAUGCAGCCGUACUAGUAGUAGGCUCAAGUUGAAUCUAGCUUCGCCACACACACAGUGAAAAAGACCAUGAACAAUCCUUAUACAUAUGAAAUAGUCUAGCAAUCCCC